AAUCAGAACCAAAAGGUCGCUAUAGCUUCUGACAGUCUAUCUACACUAUCAAAUAUACAGUCUGGGAAAACAUCAUGGAGACAAGACAUUGUUUACCAAAUACUUUAUCUGCUUCUCAUACUCCAUGGUAGGGGACUGAACCUGUACAUGUAGGUGUAGAAGGAAAUGAAACUGUGGAUGUACUGGCAAAAAGAUCGAUAAACAUGGAACAGUUGAUAUACAAGUACCAUUAAGUAGAGCAGAGAUCAAAAGCAUUAUAAAGAAACACACACAUAAAAUAUGGCAGGAAUACUGGGACACAGCUGACACCGGACAACACCUAUAUAUUAUACAAAAAUAACUAGGCUUGAGUGUGAGGCAGGGCAGGAACCCAAAGGAAGAGAUGAUAAUUACGCAUCUUAGAAUAGAUUAUUCUGGCUUAAACCUAGCAUUAACAGAAUGGGAAAACACCCCACUGGACUCUGCACACACUUCAGUACACAUGAGACGGUAAAACACAUUCUGUUAGACUGCAAAAGAUAUGAGAAGGAAAGAACUGAGCUAGAGAUGCAAACUGGAAAGCAAAACAUGACACUAGAGAACUUGCUGGGGAAAACAUCUGGGAAAAUGAGCCGCCCCCUAAUAAACUAUCUAAAAAAUACUGGGAUAAGUGAGAGACUAUUAAUCUAGUAUGAAUAUCUAGUAUAUAGUUAUUUAUUUCUUUAUUUUUGUUUAUUUAUGCAUUAUUGUUAUUGUUAUUGGUAUUAUUAUUAUUAUUAUUAUUAUUAUUAUUAUUUAUUUAUUUAUUUAUCCAUCCAUCCAUCUUCUAUAACACUUAUCCUUCCUUCAGGGUCACGGGGAACCUGGACAGGGUGCCAAUUUAAUUAAUUAAUUUAUUUAUUUAUUGCCAAUCUGCUGCCCACAGUCCAGUCCAGUAGGUGGCGGUAAUGCACCUUAAGUUGGUUUGCCAACCGCCAAUGAAACAAGAAGAAGAAGAAGAAGACACCAGGUGGCGCUGACGCACACCGCUGUUUGUCUCGCUGCUGGUAAUAGUUUCAAAGAAGAACAUAAAUCUCCAAACCCCUUUUUACUAAACAAUGCUGAAAACACGACUGAGACUCUGUUUGGAUUUUUUGUCUCAGACGUUGAUCUUCUUCGCUUUGCUUUUAAAAGAAGAUGCUAGAUGUGAUGUCGUGUUUCUUCCUUCAGUCCAGGUUGUAUCUGGCCCAAGAGCGUCUGCCUUUCUGGUUGGAAACGUGAUGAACGUGUCUCUGACCAUCAGCAGCGUCAAACCAUCCAAUGCUACAGGACGCCUCCCUCCGGCCUCCUGCGAGCCGUCCAGUCUCAGUCAAUGGACUGUGUCACAAGAGAUGAUGGGAAAGAGCAGCCUGGUGCGUGUGAGUCUGAACCGGAGUCUACAGCUGUGUGCCAGCGCGAAUGAGACAGACUGCUGUGUCCAGCCGCUGUGUGUGAGAGAGACCGUCAGGGUGUGUGCAUGUCUGGGCAAUGUUCCCCAGGCCACUCUCAUCGUGCAGGCUCAGAUCUACGCCCAGCUGCUUCCCACUGGCCCUGUGUCAGAGAAUAAAACUGUGAUUCCUAAUCAAGUGUUCCAGCCUCUUGGUCAGUGUCCGUGUGACCUGACGGCGAAAUCGUGUGACGUGCGAUGCUGCUGUGACCCGGAUUGUGCCCCAGAGCUGUUGUGGCUUUUUGCGGGUCAGUGUCUACCUGGACCAUUUGGAGGAAUUGUCUCUCCUCUUCCUGAUUAUGUCUGCUCCGCUCAGUCGGCUGAAAAUACUCCUGAUUGGUUCCCUUUUCUCUGCGUCACCUCUCCUUCGGAGAACAACCCGUUCCUUGGGCUUUUCUAUGAUGGCACUACUGUCACUCCGAAGCCCACUCUGUCUUUCCAGACUCAACAGGUGGCAGCGCCUGUACCUCCUACAAAUUACCGCCAGGGGGCGCCAAUCUUCACCACAGACAACCAGUACUUCACCAUCCCACAGGUGUCCUUGCUGGGGCAGUGCAUUGAGAAGGCUCCGGUAGCAUUCCUGCAGAACUUUGAGGCCGUGUGUGUGAGAACUCUGCAGUCCUGCCCUGCUACACCAGUUGAGCUCAGCGUAGCAGUGAGAGAUGAACAAGGAGGAGUAGUCACAGUAGCCAUCGUGGAUGAAGUGAUCACAGACCUCAGCCUUUUCUUAUCAAGUCCUGCUAAUCCCGCAGCUGAGACACAGUUGUGUGUGAAUGUGGUUCUAUCUUUAAGUUAUACGUUUCAGUGGAAGGGGAACGGCAUUACAGCCAUCAGUGUGAUCCGCCGCAUUGGAAACAUCACCUUCAGUUCUGGAGUGAUGCUGACGACCCGAUACUCUGCAGUGUUUGUGAAUGGAAAUAUCACAGCUCAGCCUAACUCAGGCAACCCAGGUUAUCAGGUGGGAAGGCCUGUGAUCGGUGGAGUUUCGGAUGAUGCUACAGGAGCUGUAGGGAGAACACCAAUCAGACUCUGGCAAGGAGUGAGAGAUGGCCUGUGCUCCUCUGCUGACCUGAGACCAGUUCUCUAUGGAAUAAACUCAACGUCUGGGUGUCUGAUGCCUGUAAGUUUGCUUAAUCUCAACCAGUGCAGCAAGCUCAGAGAAACUGUCCGCUCCACGUUGGCUGCUUUAGUCCCUGCUACAUUGGUUUCCAGAACAGGAAAGCCAGAUUUCUCCACAGUGACCAGCUGGACCCGCAUCACUACUGUAGUACAGAACACUAAUCAGACAGCGGGGGGCUCCGGGGGCGUGUGCUCUGGCGUUCCAGCUCACCUACACAUUCACAUUCGAAGCGUUGUCAUGGGAACCAUAGGCGGGGUACCACAAAAAACGAUCCAGGCUGUGGAGUUAAAUUUUAAGGCGUCUACGUGGAGUUUAGAGUGUGAUGCAGGUCAGGGAACCAUCUGCGUGACCCCAGACCUGACACAGACUUUCCCUGUGACCUCUUCUGUGACCUUUACCGAGGCUCCCAUCGGUACACAAUCCCCCAUGUCCAGGUUUCGCAUUAACUUUACAGAGUUUGACUGUGACAGGAAUGAUGUGUGCUGGCCUGAGCUUGCCUUCCCCCUCACACCUUAUUACACUGGUGAGCCAUAUUCUCAGGCUCUGGCUAAAGGACUCCUCCUUGUCUUCUUUUUUAUCGCCGCAUCUGUCUUAGGAACACCUUGGAGACAAAUCAGACAGGCAUGGAACAAUAGCUCACUCUAGAGAGAGAGUGUGAGAGAGAGAGUGUGAGAGAGAGAGUGUGAGAGAGAAUGAGAGAGAGAGUGAGUGAGUGAUCACUGAUAAAGUACGUUUAUGGUGGGGGCAAAAGACGAUUAUUAAUCAACUGAUUUAGUAUGGAGUCAUACUGCAGUCAUGAGGGUUUUUCUCAGGAAUGUAAUUUUGCUAUUUUUGAUUAACUACACCAACAUCAUUGUUUUGCACAUGUUUUUAUUUUGCAAGCUUUCUUUUUAAGUCUAUUUGAAAAGCCACUGUAAGAUAAUACAUAUUUGUUAUUAAUAUUUAUUGUGCUAUGUUGUACAGAUUUUAUUGUGGAGUAGAUUUGUAUAGAAUUUUUUUUGUACUUGUCUUUUUUCUAAAUAAAAUUGACACACUUUUACUUGUUCA